UCUGUGAAGUGCGUAAGGGAAAGCGAAACAGACUGACCGAUUAUCUUCACGCAUGAGGGUUAUGUCGGUGCUGUGUCGCUGCUGUAAAGUAAUAAUGCAUUGGUUUGGAUACAAUGGGAUUCGCUCGCUCUGGCACUGGAUAGUGCUCCACAGGAAUCCUUUACUGUUCUUGCUUUUUCCACUGGUUCCACUGUUUAGAUUUUUAACUUAUUCAAAGAAAGACGGAAAUGAGCCUGAAACAAGCGACGACAACACACGUCUACUCAGGAAUUCACUUGACGAUGAAGAGAAGGCUAUUAGUGACGGACAGAAGAGGACUUCAGACGAAGAUGGGGUGCCCGUGAGCAAGCGAGCAAAGUCUAACCAAGAUAACUUUCAAAAUGAUCGAGUUGAGACCGCUGAUAAAAAUGUUUCUAUGGUACACCCAAAUGAGUCUGAAAUGCGCACGGAAAAUGCAGUUGACGAAGGGAAGAAGCUGACAGGGCCGGAAGAAGAAGAGGAAGAGUUUGACAGCACAGAGUAUCGAGUUCACACUACGGAUGAAUUCUACUGCGACUAUGAUUCAACCUGGGAGACCGACCCGAAUGAGGAGAGCCCACCCAGCAGGAUCAGACGGUCAACAAACUCCAACUAUUACAACUUCAGCAGAUUUGAACGUGCUGCGAGAGACAUGCAGAACUACAGACAUGACUACCCUAGCCAAAUCAAGACACAGCACAGGAAGAAGAACACAAAUGACGACAAGUCUAAUCUGAAUUUCUACCUUGGAAAGAAACGAUCGGUGCCAGAUGGUGUCAGCAUAACUGAGUUCCAUGAACAAUGGUAUGGAGACUAUGAAAGCCUUGAGUACGUGCACACAUAUAUUCAGUGGUUGUUCCCACUGCAAGAACCAGGAGUGAACUAUGAGGCCAGUACACUGACAAAGGAAGAAAUUACGGAUUUUCUUAAUCACAGCCUUGCAAAGCAAAACCUGCUGAAGUCGUACGAGCUCAUGUUGGACUUUUAUGGUAUCGUGUUGUGUGAUGAAAAAACUGGAGAAGUCAGGAGAGCAAAGCACUGGGAAGAAAGAUUUGACAACCUUAACAGUCACACACACAACAGCCUGCGCAUCACUCGCAUCCUGAAGUGUCUGGGAAACCUGGGUUACCGUCACUACCAAGCCCCUCUGGUCCACUUCUUCCUGGAGGAGACUCUGGUCAACGGACAACUUCCAAACAUCAGGGACAGCGUCCUCAGCUACUUUAUGUUUGCUGUACUUGAUAAGAAAAAGCGCAGACGUCUCAUCAAGUAUGCAUAUUUGCACUAUGAGCCUAAAGAUGAGUUUGUGUGGUGCCCAAAGAAAAUCCAAAAAUUGUGGUCAAAGCAGCCCAAGGCAGCAAAGGAAGAGGCCGCUGACUCUCUGGAGUCGCAGGAGGACACUGUGAUUUCUGACAGUGAAGCACAAGAAGAGGAAAACCUGUCUGAAGAUGAGUCGUGUAACAAUGCAGAGUAUGAGUCUCGUGAGGGUGAAGAAACUUUCAGCCAUAAUGAAGAUUGAUUGAUGACAAUGGAAAGCUUAUGAAUAAUACUGAUAAAUUGCACUGAAGUAUGGAGUGAUUUAGUUCAACACUGUAGAUCUUAGAUUACUAGCAGGUUAUUGUGCUUUACACACUGAGUCAAAGGGCUUGAUUCUUUAUAGAAAUCUUUGUUUACUUCAAUAUUUACAACUUAAAGUUUGGAUUUUUAUUCGCAAUUAAUUCUUUUUCUGAACAUAAAUAAUGAAGCGUUCUGAAAUGGAUGCAUGUUUUACACAAAAUUCAAGGGUUAAUGUUAUUGUGUGACUAUGUGGGAUCAAUUACUAAAUGUUUUUGCGUUCUUGUGUCUAGAAUUAAAACAUUCUCAUUCAGAAAGUUCACAUCUUGUUGUUUUAUAUCUGUCUUAAUUUCCUUUCAGAGUUGCAUAUUCAAAUCGCAGGUUAGUAAAGGUUGUGGCCAAAAUAAAAUUAGAGGGUGGCAAGAUAAAAAAUGUUACAGUCAGUUACAAAGCCAAUUCAUGUAUUACUACAGUUGGUCACUUUACAAAAGGACAUAAAAAUCUCUGACAGACUCCCAAAUAUUGCUGCCCAUCAAAGGUUAACAGCCUCAACUGUUCACUUUCUAAUUCUGUCACCUGACUCCUUACACCAGCAAUCAUCACAGCUAAACAACAAUGUGAAGGCAAAGAAAUUACACACAACUUUAAAGUUGAAUACUUGCUCCGUUAAUAUUUGAAAGAAAAGGGUUUUUAAAACUGAGGCAAAUUUCAUCAAAUGGGUUCAAACAGUUGAGCUGAAACAAAAAUAGCUUGUGUUCCCACCAGACUGUGAGCACCAUCUUUUGCAGGCUCCACAGAGACAAAGGGAGAGCAUUUAGAUUUCUUUCUUUUUUAAAAAAGAAAAAUCACCUAAAUCGACAGCAUGGAUGGGAACAGCAGGAAUGUAACUGAGAAUAUUGCUGAAGUAAAGCUUUAAUGUACUUUUACCUUAUUUAGGUAUUUCUAUGCCACUUUCUGCUUUUACUCCACUGUGUUUAUAAUGCAAAGAUUAGACUUUGUACUCCAUGCUGAAAGGCAGAGGAGAGCGAGCGUUCUCAAUUGCAGGUCCGAUGCUUUGGAAUAACCUUCCCCUCCAUAUUAGACAAGCGUUAUCAGUGCAGGUCUUUAAGUCCAGAUUGAAGACCUAUUUUUUAUUCCCUGGCUUGUAACUUUGCAGGAAACUGACACCUUUCUUAUUAAUUUUAUUGUAUUUUUAAUAAUUUUAUUGUAUUUUUAAUUUAGCUA